ACCGAGGGUGACUGAGGGCGUGCAGCUUGCAGCCCAUCAACCGGGAGACCGGCGUGGCCUUCUGCAGCUUCGCCAUGUCAUCGGUGUUCGGCAAACCCCGAGCUGGCAGUGGGCCGCACAGCGUGCCCCUCGAAGUCAACUUAGCCAUCCUGGGGCGCCGCGGAGCGGGCAAGUCGGCCCUGACUGUGAAGUUUCUCACCAAGAGGUUUAUCAGCGAAUAUGACCCCAAUUUAGAGGACACCUACAGCUCCGAGGAGACUGUUGAUCACCAGCCUGUCCACCUGAGGGUUAUGGACACUGCAGACCUGGACACCCCCAAGAACUGCGAGCGCUACCUGAACUGGGCCCACGCCUUCCUGGUGGUAUAUAGUAUCGACAGUCGCCAGAGUUUCGAGGGCAGCAACAGCUACCUGGAGCUGCUGGCCUUGCAUGCCAAGGAGACACAACGUGGCUACCCUGCCCUGCUGCUGGGCAACAAGCUGGACAUGGCCCAGUAUAGGCAGGUCACCAAGGCUGAGGGUGCAGCUUUGGCAGGCAGGUUCGGAUGCCUGUUUUUUGAAGUCUCUGCCUGCCUGGACUUUGAGCAUGUGCAGCACGUCUUCCACGAGGCGGUGCGUGAGGUACGACGGCGGGAGCUGGAGAAGAACCCCUUGUCCCGGCCGCUGUUCAUCUCUGAAGAGAAAGCCCUGGCCCACCAGGCCCCGCUCACAGCCCGGCAUGGGCUGGCCAGCUGUACUUUCAACACUCUUUCCACUAUCAGCCUGAAGGAGAUGCCCACUGUGGCCCAGGCCAAGUUGGUCACUGUGAAAUCCUCCCGCGCCCAAAGCAAGCGCAAGGCACCCACCUUGACCCUGCUGAAGGGCUUCAAGAUCUUCUGAUGACCCUUCUGCGGGAACCUUAGGUGUGGCCGAUGCUUGGGUGCUGCAGGGCAGGGCCUGGUUUGCCCUCUGAUGAACCCAGUGGCCCUUAACCUCUGGAAGACAGCACCUAGCGGGGUCACCCCCAGCAUCCACGUGCUCACUGUGUGAGCGAGCCAGGGGCACAGGUAGGGAUGCUGCUCCUGGUCCCUUCAAGGUAACCUCUGUAGUCACCACCCUGAAGGGAAGGAAGCUGCCCCUGUUACAGACAGGAGACCCGGAGUGAGCUGCAAGCAGAAGGGAACUGCUGUGCAUAUCCUGUGUCAUGACUCUCCCCUGCUCCAGCCAGUGCCAGGCCAGCCACAGGCGAUGU